UAACAGAAAUAAAAAAAAAUAAAAAUAUUUUUGAGGUCUGCUUCGAAUAGAGAAUUAAUAAUAGGCUCGUCUCAUAUAGAUUGCGAUGGAAGCAAUUAAGUCCGUUAAGUCCGAAUCGAAGGAUUCAUUUCAAGCGUCCGUCUCGGUGGGCACACAAACAGAGGAUUUCAAAAUACGUAGCCUAGACAAUGUGCCGCAGCCACGGAAAUUCGCCCGGCCCAAGACCACAUAUCAGCAGCAACAGAAAUGGCCAGAUAUGACCUUGGAGGUGGCCAGCGAGACGGACAAGUGCACCACCAGGAAUAAGGCAUGCCAGACUGUUAAAACUGGAGUCAAGCGCUCAUCGUCCGACUCCCAGAUGGAUAACUUGCGUGCUGUUAUGUUCCAACGGCGCAAGAUGUCCAUCGACUUGGACCGCACACGUCUCGAAAAGCUGAUGGAGACAAUCAAUGCGGAUCCGCCACCGCCGUGGCAUGAGGCCUCGCUAAUGUGGCUAGAAGUAGACAAAUUGGAGAAUCGCAUUGAGGAGUUCGAUAAGUCGCAGUCGCCUGAUUAGCUUAGGCAUUUAGCCCUCAUCUCAUCCGA